AUGGGGCCUUUCGUUUAUUCAUGUGGGAAUCUGUAUAUCUUGGUAGCAGUUGAUUAUGUGACAAAAUGGAUUGAAGUUAUACCCUCUCCUACCAAUGAUCACAAGGUUGUGCUCAAGCUUCUCAAGAAGAUCAUUUUUCCUAGAUUUGGGGUCCCAAGAGUUCUAAUUAGUGAUGGAGGUUCUCAUUUUGCCAAGAAGCAAUUGGAGGCUCUUAUUAAGAAAUAUGGGGUUCAUCACAAAGUUGGUCUACCUUACCAUCCUCAAACUCAAGGGACGGCGUACAAGACUCCAAUCGGCACAACCCCCUACAGGUUGGUCUAUGGAAAGGCUUGUCACUUGCCAAUUGAAUUGGAGUACAAAGCUUGGUGGGCUAUCAAAGAGCAUAAUAUGGAUUUGUCUUUGGCAGGUGAGAAGAGAUUGCUGAAGCUCAAUGAACUUGAAGAGCUUAGGGAUGAUGCAUAUGAGAGCUCAAGAAUGUAUAAGGAGAAGACUAAGAAAUGGAAUGACCAACAUAUUCGGAAAAAGAGCUUUAAAGUUGGAGAUAAGACUACUCCUGAUGGUUCUUUUGAGUUAGAUACGGAUGGGAACAAGUUCAUGGUCAAUGGUCAUCGUUUGAAGCAUUAUUUUUGCAAAAAAGAAGUUGGUCCAAUUGAGUGUCUAAGGCUUGACCCUUUGGGUCCUACGCCACCACGUUGA